AUGGCGUUACGACAGUUAAAACGUGAUACGCAUCCUUAUCGGGACAUCAUGAUCGAUCGAUCAUACAUUACAUCAUCUUCGACUAAAAAUUCCAAACUCUAUUAUUCUUCGCAGAUCGCCAUAGCGGGAUGUAUACCGCAAAAGGCCGAGCUCACUGUGCUACUGGGUGGACAAUACGAUGAAUUUCUCGGACAAAUGUUCUUCAAUAUCGUGCCGGUAGCUCUGAUAGCGGACUCCAGUUCACGAGUGAACACCUUCGAGAAGUUCACUCUGACGAGAUACUCCUUCAUCGAGUACCAGAACUAUCAGCCGUUCAUCCAAUUCCUCCGAAAGACGCAUCAUCUCAUGCUGAUCGCGUCCUCGCAGCCGAUCUUGCGGUCCAUUUUGCAGAAAACGAAGGACUCGCCGUGGGCGAAUUCGGAUGGAUUUUACAUCCUGGUCGAUCGGCGGACCGAGCAGCGUGGCUGCAUAAAUGCACGCUCGUAUCUCUGGACAGCGUGGAACUACGAUUUGCUGUCCGUAAUAUUCAUGUGCAUCGAUCCAAACGAGGGUGUCGUCUAUUACACGUUUAAUCCGUACUCGAGCAUUGCGCCUGCCAGUUGGCGCGAGGUGGGCCGCGGCAAAGGACGAGAUAGCCACCCUUGGAUACUGUUCAAGAGAAACUAUGUGAAAGACGGAAGUCUGUGCAAAGAUCUGAAUUUUGAUAAAACGGUCAAUCUAAACCGAUAUCACAUUCGGUUAAACGCGGUUGAGAUGCAACCAUACGUGCACAUCAAGUCAGAUAAAUCGGGCUUGGAUCGGUACACCGGUGAGAGCAGCGAGAUCCUCAAGAUCGUUUCCCGAAAGCUAAACUCAGUUCUGCAAAUUCACGUUCUUCAUACCAGUACUUAUGAAAUCGGCGGUAUAGGGCUCAACGGUACUUACGAGGGCAUGUUGGGUACUUUGAGCGAUGGCCGGGUGGACAUAAGCUUGAAUUCGAUACCCAUAAUCGUAUCUUGGAAGCUCAGAUACACGUAUCCUCACGCGAAGUCGGGGCUCUGUGUCAUAUCACAGCCGCACGUGGUCUCGUUGUUCACCAGGAUAAAGCAAUUAAUGUCGCUGGGACUGAUUAUAGGAACCUCCACGGUUUCCUUGAUCACCUUCAUAGUUUUCUGGAAAAAAGAGGGAUUUUCGAGAGCCGGGCUACAGACGAUGCGGAUAAUAGUUGGCCUGGGAGUUUUACAUCCACCUGAGAUCAAUUCCACCAGGAUUUUUGUAUGCUCGGUGCUCAUUUUGUUUCUGAACAUAAACGCUAUCUUGCAGGGUCACUGGUCAUCUCUGCUUACCAUUCCGGUCUUCUAUUCCGACACCGACAGCGUGGAAAGCAUCAGGGAAGCAGGGUACGUAGUGUACGGUUCAUCAUCGUUGACCGGAUUACUAACCGAUGCCGUGAUGCAAACGCGCUUUCAAGGGGUGACGUACGACGAGUGCAAGGAAUUCGUCAAGAAUUCAUCGAAUGCCUUAUGCAUCGAAGAGUGUUUGCACAUGCAUUACAGAGUUUUUAACGAGAAUCUGCACAAGUCGAAGGCACUGCGUGAGUUGAGUGAGUCGUAUGUCACUCGCGAGGAUUGGCCGCUGUACGAACGGGUGAACCAGAUUGUUCGGCAAAUGGGAGAGUUCGGCUUGAUCCAGAAGUGUCGAGACGAUAGUUUAUUCACGUUUUGGCUUGAAUCGAAAUGGAGAGACAUGAAAGAGCAGAGCUACAAGCCUCUGUCGAUGAGACAGCUGAAAUUCAUCUUCAUCUUCCUUGCAGGCGGAUAUGCUUGUUCCAUCAUAAUCUUCAUAGCGGAGUUGGUAUUUCACAGACGUGAUAUCGAAUCUCGAAAUCGAAAGAAGAUCAGAAAGAAAGAAAGAAGAAAGCAAAGUUGAGACGAAUAAUAAGACUCUAGCGAUGAAAUUAUGUUAUUCUGUUUAGAAGUUUUUAGACAUUUUUAGCGAGCAAAAAUGAGGUUUCACGCGCGAUAUAAAUAGUUUAUGUUCUUACUUUGAUGUAACUUGGAAUAGUUUGCAUGCAAAAGAUGUGGGUUGUUGAGUCUUUUAUGAGAGUUUGAGUAUGCAAUAUUUUAUAAAUUAAUAUUUUAUUAAUCGAUGCGUAUAAACUCUUUUAAAAAAUAAUAAAUUAAUGGAUAUAUCUCUCUGUGAAG